GGCCAGGUAAAGGGAAAAUCACACCAAAAGGUUUGUGAACCUUGAUAACGUAUCUACUGUCACCGAGUGCUGCAAUGUCCGCCCGUCUCUUGUUGCUGGUCUCAAUUGCCGGCUUGGCCCAAGCAUGGUAUAAUGCUGCAUGGACUGGUCCAAAAUCCCUGACUUCACAAACGGAGCCUGUGGAGAAGUGCGGUGAAUGCGACUUGACAAAAUGUGUGGCCCCAAAGGAAUGCAAAGCCGGUUUGGCACGUGACAAAUGCGACUGCUGCCCCGUGUGCGCUUUAGAGGAGUCGCAUUUGUGCAAUCUCGACCAAGACGUGUUAGCCGUCAGGAAUGGACUUCCUCCUGUCACUUGGCACGGACGCUGCGGACAAAACUUGGAGUGUCGCAUUCGGAAUGAUAUCGAUUCCGCAUUGGUUGGCUCUCAGAGUAUUUGCUAUUGUCUGGAGCCAGGUUUGGUUUGUGGCUCGGACGGUAUCACAUACUCUCCUUGUCAAUUGGAAGCUGAAAAGGCGAUUUCUAAUGGAACUGUAACAAAAUUAAGUGAUGGACCUUGCAAAACAAAACCAACCGUAGAACUGAAGGGCCCAAACGGACUGGUCAAAAAUGGUGACAAGCUCACCCUGAUUUGCGAGGCCCGGGCAUACCCACGCGCUGAUGUCACUUGGCAUUUGAGCAGACUUGGUGACAAGGGCAAGAGCCGACAAAUGCCCAGUGAUUCUGAAGACAUCACCGUGUCGGUUCGUGGCGGCGCAUCGCAGACACAAGUCACAUCAUAUCUGCAAAUCACCAACUUCAAACUGGAUUACGAGGGAGAAUACAGCUGUAUGGCCGAAAAUGAAUUUGGCACACACGUCCAGUCUACGUCGCUGAUUCUGAAAAAUUAGGAGUUUUCGUCGUUGUUUGAUUGAUUACUUGCGCUUGUAUUAUCACAGCAUUCAUGUAACCACUGCCACUGUGCCCUGUGUCUCUACGUUACAACUGGAUCUGCUUGAACUUUCCUUAUAUAGCUUGUAAAGUAUCCAUAAUUAUUCUGGAGAGAAAGUACCGUUUCACAAUAGGUAGUUAUUUUCUUG